CAAGUUGAACGGAAGUGCGAUUGCGCACGUAUCUCCCUUUUGAACAUUGUUGGAAUUGAUCAACAUCUAUUGCUUCAAUCGAUCUCUUAACAAAUGCCAAAUUGGGCAAAUAACAUUUACCAUAGUGUGAGAAAUUGAUAUUAACGGAUUGUUUAUUGCACAUUGGCUCGAGAUUUGUAGGCUAUUUACUUAAUCACAGAGAAUAUUGGCUGAACAAGAUGGCCAGCUGCAAUUUUCAGGCGCAGUUGGUCUCCUUCAUGGAGGUUUUAGCUAAAGCAGCUGUAGCAGAAAUAAACCAACGUGUAGAUGAUAGCUGUGCUGUUAUACGUUUGGAAAUGACCCAAAGCCAGCGAGAUAUUGGCAUACUGAAAAGGAAGUGUCAAGUGAUGGAGAGCGAGCUGAAGAAAACACAACGAGUCAGGAGAAAAGGUUUUUACCCCAUGGCAUCAGAGAGAUCUUCAUAUCCAGUCAAGAUUGUUUUGAACAGGCAGAGGAGUAGCUCACAGUGCAGAGAUGAAGAGCUGGCUGUUGAAGAAGACUCUCAACCCCAGCCUACAGAUGUGGAGCAGAGAGUGGAGACUGAACCCAUACUGAUCAAAGAUGAGGAGACAGCAGAGGAUGUGUGGAAGACUGACCCUCAGGAAGAGCUCAGGAUCACUGGAGAGGAGUCUGGUUCCAAGCCUGGGAAACCACCAUCCUUUGAGCAACGGCACUGUGAUGAGGACUUCAUCACACAACCCAAUAUAUCUCCCAGAGACUCCGUGGAACAUUACCCCAAUUCUGAUCGUCCAGAGGAACCAGGAACACCCCGGCUCGCAUCUACAGAGGUGUUCAGUACAGAGCAGCACCGGCCAGACGAGGACGACGACUCAUUAGACCUAGUGAUGGUGAAGGAUGAGAAAGAGGAGGAGUUAGAUCAGACCACGGUCCUGACAGGAUCUGACCAGUUUGUUAUGGAUGAGUCUGAUGGGCAGCUGUGGACCUCUGUGGGUCCAGGCAGAGACACUGACCCUGAUGGCCACCCAGAUUUCUCCUUUCAUUCCACAGAAGAGUACUCUCAGAAUAUCUCAAUGGUCCCAUCUCAUAGUGGGCUGCCAUCUGUUCCUACUAUGACAGAUGAAGUAGGGCCAUCGCUUCACUCUUCUAUAUGGAAACCACAUGCUAACAUGUUCAGUGCAGCAAAACACAUGACAAGACGUGUCAGGACAUUGGCUGAUGAGACUAGACAACAGAUGCCAGAGGGACAGAGCAGUGAGAUGCUGAACUCAAGUAAUGAAGGAAAUAGUUUAGCUCUACAGCCAAGGCAGCAUCAAUACAGGGCUUCAGAAGCAACAGUGAGAUUGAGUGAGUGCAUGACAGGGUCAAACAUGGCCACCACCUCCACCUUCUCUGGAUACAGCCUGAGUCACAGUAGUUUUAACAUGGUGAAGAGAAUGAGGACUCAGUGGAGAUCAGGCAGCACCACCGAGAGGCGUUUCAGCUGCACCUUCUGUGGUAAGAGCUUCCAGCGUUUCAGCGAGCUCAAAGUACACCUCCGGAGUCACACCGGAGAGAAACCGUACACCUGCGAACAGUGUGGCAGGAGUUUUACCCAGCAGUGCAACUUGAUCAGACAUGCUCUGGUCCACACCGGGGAGAAGCCCUACAAGUGCACACAGUGUGGGAAAUGCUUCACCCAGCGCUCCAAAAUGAAGUCACAUCAAAGAACUCACAUAGGAGAGAGUCCAGUGUCUCAAUACGGGGCACCCACAUACCCUGGGGAUCCACACACAAGUUUAAUGUUGUCUCAGACUAGAUGGAACAAAUAGUUCAUAAUCAUAUCAUUUUUCUUUAACACUUUCUAUGUGAAAAUGUGGUACAGAAAGUAUUUUGAGACAUGUUGAUAAGCUUUUUCUUCCAAUUGAUUUGUGAAAUGAUUUUCAUGUUUGACUCUUGUCUGCUCCUCGUUUUCAUUUUAACAACUUAUUUACAACUGGUAACAAUGUGUAUUUCUACCACAAAAUCAUAAAACCAUAUUAUAUUCAAUCAAACUGAUUUAAUGAAAGAGUCAAUCUGCGCUUUUAGAUCAAUAAUACAGUGCCUUUGGAAAGUAUUCAGACCCCUUGACUUUUUCCACAUUUUGUUAGGUUACAGCCUUUUUCUAAAAUUGAUUAAAUUAAAAAAGAAAUCUCAGCAAUCUACACAAAAUACCCCAUAAUGACAAAGUGAAAACAGAUUUUUAGAUUUUGCAAAGUAAAAUAAAAAAUAAAAACAGAUACCUUAUUUUUAUAAGUAUUCAGACCUUUUUCUAUGUUACUCGAAAUUGAGCUCAAGUACAUCCUGUUUCCAUUGACUAUCCUUGAGAUGUUUCUACCACUUCAUUGGAUUUCACCUGUGGUAAAUUCAAUUGAUUGGACAUGAUUUGGAAAGGCACACACCUGUCUAUAUGUCCACAGUGGACAGUGCAUGCCAGUGCAAUAACCAAGCCACAAGGUUGAAGGAAUUGUCCGUAGAGCUCCGAGACAGGAUUGUGUCGAGGCAUAUAUCUGGGGAAGGGUACCAAAACAUUUCUAAAGCAUUGAAGGUCCCCAAGAACACACUGGCCUCCAUCAUUCUUAAAUGGAAGAAGUUUGGAACCUCCAAGACUCUUCCUAGAGCUUGCCGCCCGGCCAAAGGGAGGUGACCAAGAACCCGAUAGUCACUCAGAGUUCUAGAGUUCCUCUGUGGAGAUGGGAGAACCUUCCAGAAGGACAACCAUCUCUGCAGCACUCCACCAAUCAGGCCUUUAUGGUAGAGUGGCCAGACGGAAGCCACUCCUCAGUUAAAGGCACAUGACAGCCCGCUUGGAGUUUGGCAAAAGGCAUCUAAAGACUCUCAGACCAUGAGAAACAAGAUUCUCUCGUCUGAUGGAACCAAGAUUGAACUCUUUGGCCUGAAUGCCAAGCGUGACAUCUGGAGUAAACCUGGAACCAUCCCUAUGGUGAAGCAUGGUGGUGGCAGCAUGCCUUGGGGAUGAUUUUCAGCGACAGGGACUGGGAGACUAGUCAAGAUCGAGGCAAAGAUGAACGGAGCAAAGUACAGAGAGAUCCUUGAUGAAAACCUGCUCCAGAGCGCUCGGGACCUCAGACUGGGGUGAAGGGUCAACUUAUAUUAGGACAACGACCCUAAGCACACAGCCAAGACAACUAAGGAGAGGAUUUGGGACAAGUCUCUGAAUGUCUUUGAGUGGCCCAGCCAGAGCCCGAUCUCUGGAGAGACCUGAAAAUAGCUGUGAUGCAACACUCCCCAUCCAACCUGACCGAGCUUGAAUGGAUCUGCAGAGAAGAAUGGGAGAAACCCCCCAAAUACAGUUGUGCCAAGCUUGUAGCGGCAUACCCAAGACGACUCGAGGCUGUAAUCACUGCCAAAGGUGCUUCAACAAAGUACUGAGUAAAGGAUCUGAGACCUUAUGUAAAUGUCAUAUUUCAGUUUUUAUAUUUGAUAAAUUAGCUACAAUUUCUAAAACUGUUUUUGCUUUGUCAUUUUGGGGUAUUGUGUGUAGAUUGAUGAGGGGAAAAACGAUUUAAUACAUUUUAGAACAAGGCUGUAACGUAACAAAAUGUGGAAAAAGUCAAAUGGUCUGAAUACUUUCCAAAGGCACUCUAUAUAGGAGCCAUUUAGAAUGUGUUGUCUAGUUAGUAUUUGACUAUCUGGGAUGUCACUUCUUGCCACAAGGGACAGUCAUAUCAGGUCAAGUUAAUAACUAAAUUAAUUUGGAUUUUCUGAGUUAUAUUUUGAAGUUACUAUGCUGCCUUAAAAUGCCUUAUGUAGUCUCAAAACUAGGCAAUAAAAUAUUUAUUUCAGUCAAAUAGGCUAUACAUGUUCAUACAACUUUACAUUUUACAUCUGGAAACUACACUUUUACUGUGAACAUUGUCUAAACUGACACCACUGAUCAUCUUAAUCGAGGCUCAUUACAUAUUGUAGAUGGCUAAAUAGAUUAGAGAAAUAGAUUGAUAUGAUUGGUAGUUUGUAUGAUUUACUGGUUCAAUGAUUUGUCAAUCAGCAGAGGCGGAGAUAAUUAGGGAGAUGUAUAGAGAGAACGCAAGAGAGAAAGAGAGAGUAGGAAGUCAACAGGGGAAGAUUAGGUGUUUCUUGCAUUAUCACUUGCUGCUGCUUGGUUGUGCUGGUGCAGAGUGAAGGUAGGAACAGUCUUAACUCUCUUUCUUAUUCUUUGUUUUUACCUCAGUCACCCCGGAACUUGUGAGGAGUAACAAUGACAGUGUGUUAGGGGUGGGAUGGUCCGGGGUCAGGGGUAUAAAGCGGUGGGGUCAGGCUCAGAGGCUUCAUGUUCUACAACAGGCCUGUAGUCAAGAUAACAUCAAAUUCAAUUGACUUCCACUGUAGUGAGAGGGCCAAAAUGUCAGCAGGAGGAGAGGGCCUCUAUCAGUCACAGAGAACAGCCAGAGCCGUGGUUAGGGGUGUCGGGGUGUCCAUCAGCAUACUCAUACACAUUUUGAUACAUAUUGUGAAUGGAGUUUUAUAGUUACGAGGUGACAUCUCGCUCCUUGCAUACCUUCAAAAAUGAUUCGGCAAUCAUCAUUUUUUCAAAAGUGUUUUGACCAUAAUCUUAAACAAUAAAUGACGUUUGACUAAAUAAAAAUCCACCGCUGUCGAACCUUUUAAAAUGUCUUUAGAAAUGUCUCCUAUGUUUCCAUUACACGUCACAAUGUUGCGACAUUGCUUUUGUCGAAUAAACCUGGGUCAAUGGAAUCCUGUCUAUUGUAUACACACACAGACACACAUGCAAUCAUAAUUCACUUACUCUCACAAAGAUACAGGCAACAGCCAAAGUAAUGGAAACACUUGAGUAAAUGAGGGACACAAAAGUAUAUUGAAAACAGGUGUGGUUCCUGUGUUAAUUAAGCAAUAAACAGCCCAUCAUGCCUAGGGUUAUGUAUAAAAAUGCGGAACAGGACAUUGUUUUGGCUACCAUGGCUGUGCCCCAUAGGAUGACAAUGACCUCAUCCAUAGGGCACAAAUGGUCACGGAAUGUUUGAUGAGCAUGAAGACGAUGUAAACCAUAUGCCAUGGCCGUCUCAGUCACCAGAUCUCAACCCAAUUAUGGGAGAUUCUGGAGCGGGGCCUGAGGCAGCCUUUUCCACCACUAUCAAUAAAAACAACAAAUGAUGGAAUUUCUCAGGGAGGAAUAGUGUUACAUCCCUCCAAUAGAGUUCAAGACUGCAGAAUCUAUGCCAAAGUGCAUUGAAGCUGUUCUAGCUCGUAGUGGCUCAACGCCCUAUUACAACACUUUAUGUUGGUUCUUCCUUUAUUUUGGCAGUUACCUGUAUAUCAGUACUACUGUACUGUUAUGCAUAUUCUCUCGUGCAGCUCAAUCAACACUACUUGCUCUCUUCUACACACUAUCUAAUAUGCAAUACUCUUUAUAUCUAAUACCUUCACUUAUAUAUGUACAUGCCUUUAAAAACCAAAGAGAAGGACCUCAAUGUAAAUCAGCAAUAAUUCAUGUAUUAUGCAAUAGUUACUUGAAAUAUACAAUGAAAUUCAGUUUAUUUGAAGGUUCUAUGAAACUAGUUUUGUUUCCCAACUGUGUGUCAAAUAAGUUAUAUCCCCUUUCAAUCCUUUAAUAAAUACCAUACCACA